GCAUGCGCAUUUGGGCAAACUGUUAUGAAACCGCGCAAUCCGCGAUUAGUUUGGGGCUCUUGAGUGAGAGGCUACUGCCAGUCUGCUGUAUGCCUUCACGCACCCAAGUGGCGGAGACUGUGGGGACUUUCACGCACAGGAGGGAAGAAUGCUCAUUUCAUUGGGUCUGACUUGAAUAUCAUCUCCGGAGCGCUACCGCGAGACAAACAUGGCCCCCAAUUCUAUCCACUGGUUUCGGAAGGGCCUGCGCCUACAUGACAACCCAGCGCUCAAGGAGGCAGUGCAGGGGGCGGGCACGGUGCGCUGUGUCUACUUCUUGGACCCUUGGUUUGCAGGCUCAUCCAAUGUUGGGGUCAAUAGGUGGAGGUUUCUUCUCCAGUGUUUGGAGGAUCUGGAUGCCAACCUUCGCAAGCUCAACUCUCGCCUUUUUGUCAUAAGGGGCCAACCAGCCAAUGUGUUCCCGCGGCUCUUUAAGGAGUGGAAGAUCUCGAGGUUGACCUUUGAGUACGACUCGGAGCCUUUUGGAAAGGACAGAGACGCUGCCAUCAAGAAACUGGCAAUGGAGGCAGGAGUAGAGGUCAUCGUAAAGAUCUCACACACUCUUUAUGACCUGGACAAGGUUAUAGAGCUGAACAGUGGCCAACCCCCUCUGACCUACAAGCGUUUCCAGACACUGAUCAGUCGCCUGGAUCCUCCUGAAAUGCCUGUGGAGACUUUGUCAGACAGCCUCAUGGCGAACUGCAUAACCCCCAUUUCGGAGGACCACGGAGACAAGUAUGGGGUCCCGUCCCUGGAGGAGCUCGGCUUUGACAUCGAGGGCCUGCCGACAGCUGUCUGGCCGGGAGGAGAGACGGAGGCGUUGACCAGAAUAGAGCGACAUUUAGAAAGAAAAGCGUGGGUGGCAAACUUCGAGCGUCCGAGAAUGAACGCCAACUCACUGCUGGCCAGCCCAACAGGCCUUAGUCCAUACCUACGCUUUGGCUGCCUCUCGUGUCGCCUUUUCUACUUCAAGCUCACGGACCUGUACCGCAAGGUGAAAAAGAACAGUUCCCCUCCUCUCUCGCUUUACGGACAGCUACUGUGGAGAGAGUUCUUCUACACCGCGGCCACCAACAAUCCGCGCUUCGACAAGAUGGAGGGGAACCCUAUCUGUGUCCGCAUCCCCUGGGACAAAAACCCUGAGGCGCUCGCCAAAUGGGCUGAGGCCAAGACAGGUUUCCCCUGGAUAGAUGCCAUUAUGACUCAGUUAAGGCAAGAGGGCUGGAUACAUCACCUGGCUCGCCACGCUGUGGCAUGCUUCCUCACUAGAGGUGACUUGUGGAUCAGCUGGGAGGAAGGAAUGAAGGUCUUCGAGGAGCUGCUUCUCGACGCCGACUGGAGUGUGAAUGCGGGCAGUUGGAUGUGGCUGUCCUGUAGUUCCUUUUUCCAGCAGUUUUUCCACUGCUACUGUCCCGUGGGCUUUGGCCGGCGCACCGACCCCAAUGGUGACUUCAUCAGACGUUACAUACCUGUCCUCCGUGCUUUCCCCGCCAAGUUCAUCUACGACCCUUGGAAUGCACCUGAGUCAGUGCAAGCGGCUGCCAAGUGCGUCAUCGGCGUGCACUACCCGAAACCAAUGGUGCAUCACGCCGAGGCAAGCCGACUCAACAUUGAGAGGAUGAAGCAGAUCUACCAGCAGCUGAGCCGAUACAGGGGGUUGGGCCUGCUGGCAUCUGUUCCAUCCACCAAUGGCAACGGCAACGGAGGAAUGAUGGCCUACUCACCUGGAGAACAACAGCCCGGGAGCAACAGCAGCAACAAUAACAAUCCCCCCCAUAUGUCUGUAAUGUCAGGCAGCUCCGUCUCUACGAGCAAUGGCAGCGGAAGCAUUCUCUUCAACUUUGACAGCGAAGAACAAUCGAGCCAAGGACGACAGCCAGUGGUGACGCAGCACGGUUACCAUGCAGUGCCAGAAAACAACGCAACCGUCACCAAUAGCCGACCGUACCAUGAGUUUGCUGUGCCUCAGCACCCAGGACUGGUUCACAUCAGAGGCGGCAUCACAGGAAAACGCGAACGGGAAAUGGAACGUGAAGGUUCAGGGGAAGAAGAUCCGUCAUCUUGCUCAGGCCACAAGAUGCAGAGGCACAGUGCAGAGACCACCUAAAAGGACGUCGCACAAGAAGAAGUCGACAUUGGUCCACUGUAACACACAUUCUCAGUCAAAACCUGCCAGGGUGAACACAAAGGUGAAAAUGUGAUUCAAGGCUCAGAUUUUCCAAGGGAGUGUGGCGACCUCUGACCUCAGUCAUUUUCAUACCUGCAAAAAAUAUCAACAAACAAAACACAUCUAUUUAUUUGCAAUAAAAGUACAACAAAAAAAUGACAACCCUAGCAAAUGAGCCCAUAAAUAUCUUCAUUUAUGGGAGCAUCAAGUCACCAUUCUUUGCUACGCCUUAUCAAUAUUUAUGUACAUAAAAUACUUUUUCAUGCAUAUUUCAUGCUGGGAACAGAAUUCCUCCGAGUUGCAUCUGGAAAAAAAAACAGUUUAGCAUUAAACACGUAACACGUUGUGGUGUUGCGGUAAGACACAGAUGUCUAACUCGAGGCCAAAUUGUAUUCACUUUUAAGAACACUGAUAUAUCGCAAGCGUUUUUGUAACCUUUUAAAAUAAAAACAACAUUAAUUAAACAGUUUUUGACUUUUUCGGAUUUCUGAAGUAGUUAUCCAUCGAUUUGUUUUGUAUGUGUGAUAAUAUGAAGUAAUCAUACAUUUAUAUGGCUUCACAGCGCUCUGAGGUCAACUACAAUGUAGCGUGUAACAAAAAUGAAUUUGACACCAAUUUGCUGUCGUCAGGCGAAGUGUUUAUAAAGUCAAAACAACUAUAUUUAGAAUUGAUGCAGUCUAAUUAUGAUUACGGAUAGGUUAUCUUAUCAAUGAUCUUGGCAGCUACCAGCAAUAUUGGGUUGCAUAGGAUGAUGUGUUUGUGUUUGGCUCAUCUGAUCGAAUGAAAAAUGAGACAUGCCAGGUAUUGAUACACAACUGUAUAUAAAACCCCAAACAUUUUUUUCUAAACCCUUUCAAAAAGUCAUGAACAAUUAAUUAGCUUUUGCCACCUCCCGGUAAUGUCACUUUUUUUCGAGUGACCAUUUUAUGAAUCAUUGCCCUGUCACAUUUCCAACUCGGUGGUUCCCCUGAUGUUGUCACUUAAACGUUCUGAAGACCAGUGACACUUGAGCCUGUGCAACAUUUUCAACAACACAAAACUGUUCACAGACCCCCACUUGUUAAGAUGUUUUCAAGGACAAGGAUCAUCUCCAAGGUUCCCUUUUUUCUACUGUUUCAUAAUAAAACAACCAAAAAAUAAAAGAGAGACAAAUUGUGCUUGAAACAAACAAACAUUCCUCACAACCAAGUCCAGCCUCCCGAUGAAGGACGACAACAGCGCAAGGUGUGACAAUUGAUAUCCCCAAUGUGUUCCAAACUGACACUGUAGGAAUGGUGCCAGAAUCCAACCAAUAGCAAACCUGGCUGACAUUGGCGACCUGGAUGCUCUGUGGAUACAUCGGAAAGUCCGCUGCUGUGGACCGGAAUCGAACCCAAGGAUGUACACAUCCACCCCAGGCCCCAUGUUUGAUGCAAGAUGAUGUUUAUGCUCCACAAAACACGCUUCAUGAUCAUUCAAAAGGACACUUCAACAGGUCUGCUCGGCGCCCCGAUCUGCAGCCACCUGGGGCGGACGACACAUUUCAUUCAAAGGCCUGCCCCUACAAUGAGACUUGACGUGCAAAACACGCGUCAGACUUGUAUUUGGAUCACUGAUCAGCUUCAGUGUGUCUGUAACAAUUCUCCAGAGGCCAACAUGGGACAUAAGUCUUAUGGCGUUCUUCAAAUGAAGUGUUUUCUUCAUGGCGCUUUUCUUAGUAUUGAAACCUGAUUGUUUUGUUGAUAACCUAUAGAUAUGAUAAUGCUACAUACUGUAUAUCAUAUCCUUAGUCAUCCAAAAUGUUCAACACAGAAUGUUUCACCCUGCAUCGCAUUUUUCACUUAAGGUUUGUUUCAGUUUUAUCCCCCAAAAAUGCAGAUUGGGGCAGCAGCAGAUCAUGUUGCGAUUUCUAGAGACUUUUUUGGGGGGUGGGGGGCGGUGUGUUGUCAAACUAUUGUGUAUUAUCUGUAUCAUAAUUCUUUGUUCUCUUGAGAAUUUAAACGAAUUGUGUAGCUUUAAUCGCAGUGAAAGAGAAAGUCAAUGUUUUUUCUUUUACUUUUGUCAUCCCGCAGCCCAGUAUCACACAACGGUGGAGGAAUGACAUACGCGUCCAUUUCAUUUCACCAGUUGUCUGUGUCUCGCCUGAAAUGGGGCUGGGACGUGGCGCGAAAUUCCUCUGCCGAUGCCAUCGACUGUGUCCGUAAACUGCUGCUUGUUCUCUGUCCUGCUUUGUGAUGUGAAAGGCCUUGUUUGUUUGUAAUUGAUCGCUAUCAUGACAGCAAAUAAAAACGGUUUCGGCGCGGCA